GCCGCGUCGCGCGCGCGCCGAUGGAGCCCGGAAUCCGCGCCAUCGUGGAGACGAUCCACGCGAGCAAGGUCAGGGCGGUGCUGCACGUCACGGGCGGCGGGGCGCGCGCGCUCGGGUGGCUGACGAGCGUCCCGAGGUGCUCGAACACUUUAUUGGACGCGCGCGUGCCGUACGCGCGCGAGAGCGCGCUCGAGACGCUCGGGAGGGCGACGGACGAUGACGUGGAAUCGUACUGCUCGCGGGAAGUCGCGGAGGCGCUGGCGAGCGCGGCGUACGCGAGGGCGGUGCGACACGGAAGCUCGCGAGCGACGGCGUCGGCGAGCGACGCGCGAGCGACGACGGGCCUCGGCGCGACGUGCGCGCUGACGACGGAGGACGUCGUCAAACGAGGCGACCACAGAUGUUUCGUGGCGGCGAAGACGCUGGGGCGGAUGACGACGUACGAGAUGCGAUUGGAGAAGACGAGCGGGCGCUCGCGGUUCGACGAGGAGGGCUGCGCGUCGCGGUUGGUGUUGCGAGCGCUGUACGAGGAAGCGAGGCGGAGCGUCGAUGACGCGGACGCGGACGCGGGUGUAGAUUUAGUGCGAGAAGUUCUGAGCGAACGCGAGUUCGACGAGGUUUCGGUGACGACGAUGGAGGAUUCGGCGUACGCAAACGCGAGCGACGCUCGCGCCGUCGUCGAGCGGUGGUUGGCGGAGGACGACUCGUCGACGAGCGGUGCCACCACCGCGGCGCCGAUGAUUUUGGAAUUCACGGGGGGCGUGCUCACCGCAGUGGGCGCCACGCGUGCGAACGUCGUGUUGAGUGGGUCGUUCAACCCUUUGCACGACGGCCACCGCGACUUGCUCGCCGCGGCGACGGCGACAAAGCCCCCGGGCGCGCUCGGCGCGUACGAAAUCGGCGUCACGAACGCCGACAAGGGGACGCUCUCCAUAGACGAGAUCAUGCGUCGACUCGAGCAGUUCUCCACCCCCGGCACGGUGUGUUUACUCACCAAAACCCCACUCUUCGUGGACAAGACCCGCGCCGCCCCCGGCGCCGCCUUCGUCGUCGGCGCCGACACCGCCGCGCGUCUCCUCGACCCCAAAUACGCCGGCUCCGACGCCGCCCUCGACGAAUCCCUCAACGAAAUCCGAGCCAACGCGUGCGAUUUCCUCGUCGCCGGCCGCGUCGACCGCGUCUCUCGCGCCUUCGUCCCCGCCGCCGACGUCCUCGCCGCCGCCGCCGCGCGCCGCGCCGCCGACCUCUUCGCCGCCCUCCCGUCUUUUCGCGUCGACGUCAGUAGCACCGAAAUCCGGAACGCCGCGCGCGAUUCCGGUCGCGAUUAA